AUGGGUAUUCCGUCGCAACCAGCGUCCAACGCUAUCAUCUACCUCACCCUCGGCGCUUUCCUGGUCCUGGGAUGUUACGUUGCAUGGCGAUUGCGACACCAGUCCAAGACCGAGUGGCUUUCUAGUAAUCGCACACAGAAGGGCGUCCCGCUCGCUUUCAAUUUCAUCGCUAGUGCCCUCGGAUCCGGUAUUCUCUUCACAUAUCCUCAGAUUGCUACGAUUGCGGGUGUGCAAGGCCUCUUGGUCUACGCGCUAUCUUCAUCUUUGCCAUUGUUGGUGUUUGGUGCGCUCGGCCCCAUCAUCAGGCGGAAAUGUCCCGAAGGGUUCGUUCUGACAGAGUGGACGAGACAGCGUUAUGGAGCCAUCGGAGGAUUGUUCCUGAGCAUCUGCACGCUCAUCACCAUGUUCCUGUACAUGGUAGCUGAGCUCUCAGCUCUCCAGCAGAUCGUCACUCUACUCACCGGACUCAAUGGCCUCCCCGUCGUCAUUGUCGAAUGUGCCGUUACCACCAUCUACACCUCGCUCGGCGGCUUCAAAGUCUCCUUUGUAACAGACAAUAUCCAAGGCGUAAUGGUCAUCGGCCUCAUCAUCAUGGGCGUCAUCGCCGUAGGCGUAGAAACAGACAUUGACCGCUCCCUCAUCGACCAAUCCGGAUACCUGGAAUCCAGCCUCCUGGGCUGGCAACUCAUCUAUAUCCUUCCCGUCGCCAUCUUGUCCAACGACUUCUUCCUGUCCGGCUUCUGGAUGCGCACUUUUGCUGCCCGCACGGACAAGGACCUUUGGAUCGGCGUCUCGCUUGCUAGCGUUGGUGUGCUAAUCAUCCUCACUUUGCUGGGCGUCGGGGGUAUGCUCGCCGCAUGGUCUGGCGCAUACACCAUUGGCGACGAAGAAACCGGUUCUUUGGCCUUCUUCCUCUUGCUCGAGCGGCUGCCCGCGUGGGUCGUUGGCGUCGUUCUUGUCAUGACCAUUUCGCUUUCGACGGCUGCGUUUGAUUCGUUCCAGUCUGCUAUGAUUAGCACGGGGAGCAACGAUUUCUUCCGCAACAAGCUUAAUAUCUGGGUCAUCCGCGCUUGCGUCGUUGCAAUCAUCUUCCCCGUUGUUGUUGUCGCGCUGCGCAGUCCGGAUAUCUUGCAAAUCUUCCUCAUUAGUGAUUUGGUUAGCGCGGCCGUGGUGCCUUGCCUUGUCAUUGGGUUGAGCGACAAGUUUUAUUUCUACCGCGGUUUCGACUUUGUUGUCGGUGGACUUGGGGGUAUCUUCACCAUCUUCUUGUUCGGACUCGUGUACUACGAUGGCGAUGUUACACUUGCGGGGAACUUGCUGCUACUGGAAGGUGGAUUGUAUGCGAAUGACUGGAGUGCUUUUGGCGCUUUCGUAGCGGCUCCGUUUGGAGGCCUGCUCUGGGCUUUUGCUGCUUGCGCUCUUCGCAUUGGUUCCCUUUGGGUCAAGGCUAGGGUUCAGGGUCGCCGUUUUGACGCGCUUGAUCGACCUAUCCCGCGAAACAUCGAUAGGCCUGGUGCUUUUGAUGACCAUGAUGGCGAGACUGUGCUCGAGCAUAGCGUGGAGACUGGCAGCAAGGGCAGGUUUUUCUGA